AUGGCAAUGGCCAUAUUAUUUACAUGGAAAUCCUCGGCAAAUGCCUCACUCAUUUUGUGCAUCAUAGUGGCCUCCUUUGUUUCAAAGGCUCUGGGGCACCAUGGACGUGCCGACAGAAAAGAUCCCAAUGAGAGAGUGUUUAACGUUUUACGUUAUGGAGCACGUCCUGGAAGAGAGGAUAACACACUGGCAAGCUUAGUAUUUUGGAUCGGGAAAGGCAAGGCUACUUAUCCCCAAGGGAACCUUCUUGAUAGGGGCAACUAUCUUUCAGGGACCAUUAAGGUUCAAAUUGCAGUAACUCUGAAAGCUGUACCAGACCCUAGCAUGUACGAAGAAGAUUUCUGGAUCUUGUUUGAAAACAUCAAUGGCUUCCUGGUUACGGGUACCGGCACUGUUGAUGGCCAAGGCAAUGCUGUCUGGAAAUACAAUGUCAGCGACGGUGGCGCCAAAUCACCUCUGUCAAUCCCAUGGGUUUCCAUAUCCAUCGUUCUGUCCCGGAACAUCAAGGCCAAAAAUGUUUGUAUAUUUGCCCCUGACGAUAGCCCCAACACUGAUGGAAUCCAUAUAAGCCAAUCCAAUCCAGUGUAUCGAAUACGUGGAUGCACCGAUAUCCGCAUCAGAAAUGUAACCUGUGGCCCUGGACAUGGUAUCAGUAUUGGUAGCCUUGGAAAGUACCAGGAUGAGGAGGAUGUGAGAGGAAUCACUGUGAAAAACUGCACAUUGAAUAACACGGACAAUGGAAUCAGAAUAAAAACAUAUGCAGGAUCACUCCAAGCCAAGCUUCAGGCAUACUUUUCCAGGACAGAGGUAAAGCUCAGUGAUGUUCGAUACCAGAACAUUAGAGGAACAUCCACCUCAGUUGUUGGAGUAAACAUUAAGUGCAGCCAGACUGUUCCCUGUGAAAGAGUUAGCUUGUCAAACAUCAAUUUGAACUACGUUGGAGAAAAAGAGCACAGUCAUGAAAUCAGCUCUGUGCGCACCAAUGCAAAAUCAAAUUACGCUGGCUUCCAUCACCUUGCCGAUAGUUGGGGAAAUCUCUUUCUUCCUGCUUACGAUAGAAGACAUGACCUUUUUCUGCUUGCAUUAAUCAGCUGUAUCAGUAUCAGAACUAGGAGGUGCCCCGCUUGUUGCUGA